GGCCACCGGCUGACCGGGCUUUUGUGCCAAGCUAGGAAAGUGCCGAAACAGCGGCCUUGCUUCUGUGGGGUCUCUUUUUUAUAAAGGAAGCCUGCUCUCCUUUGACUUCAGUGGCUGCUGUCCGAUGAGCGCUAUCUUGGGGUGCUCUCUGUUGCUGGAGAGCACAAGGGGGAAAGGUUGGUUCUGGAGUGAUUCAGCAACACGUGGAUAUUUGGGUGCUUUUGAUCCCGGCGGUUUCCAGGUGCGCUAGGCUGAUGCAGGUAACUUGUUGCCCCUAGGACAGGGCAGAGCUGCAAUGAGCCUCAGAGAGCUACUGCCCCUUGUCAGUACGGAUGGUCCGAAGGCAUGAGCUGCGUUUAAGGAUGGGAGGAGGGAUGGGCCUCUGCAACAGAUUUGGGAUGUCUGUGUGCUAGCGAUAUGCACCAGAAGAGCCUGGUUUGUUACAAGUUCACUGUUACGUGGCUCGCUGACACUUCAAUACGCAAUAGCCUUUUGGUUACGAUCACUACAGCCAAGCAAUCACCUCUGUGGAGUCUCUCCCCUCUGCACCCCAAGUUUCUCUCCCGAGCCAUGAGCAUCUGCUGGAAAUACUUUAUUCAGCAUGGCAGUGAGUAAGACUUAUGGAUCUUGGGUGUAAAGAUCUGAGUUUCCUUCCUGAGAACUGACUGAUUCAUGAAUCCCAGCAAAUGGCAUCUAAUUCAGAACGGACCAGGAGCUGGCAGGCGUAAUAGUCACCUGCUGUCUUGGCUUGACAGUCUAGCAUCCAAAUGGAGUCGCUUCUUAGCAUCUUGGGUAGCUAGGAUGGUCCCUUAUGCUUUCUGUCAGCUAAGGUCAGCUUGGUGAGGGUGGCAGUGGAACCUCUUUGCUCUGCCAGCCCAUCUGGUGGCCAUCCACCCUUGCUCUCAUCAGCAUCAAUCUGAGUCUCUGUAGAUGGAGUGGCAUGUGAAAAUUGAGGCUGGCAUGCUCCGAAGACUGGAGAUGUGCUGGGGAGACCGUUCUGGGUUCUGGUCUUGCUUUGCUGCAUUUCAGGCUUAGCAGCACAAAAAUCAAACAGCCAUGCUGAAGUCUCAGUGCCGCCUUCUGUAUUUUCUCAGGUGCUGGAGCCUUGCCUCCAACCCCUUAGCAAAGCUGCACUUGGUAGCCAGAGAGGCUUCACCUUUUCCGCCUGGCUGCUAGAACUGGCUGCAAACCACGCUGCCUUCUCUAAAGGAUGUGACUCCUCAGGGACAGGAAUUCAAGCUCCUUCAGCUGAAAUUCCCAGGGCCUGGGACCCGCUGGCCUUGGCAGGUCCCCAGUAUACCAGCAAACUCAAGGCCAUUAUGUCACAUGUUCCUCAUAGCUCAGUUUUCAUGUAUGUGGCCUGUGCUGCUGCCUGCAAGAAGAUGUGAUGGAGUUCUCUUAAUUGUUUUCUGGCUUGAAAACAAGAUCCUACUGCUCCACAGUGUGAAGCACUGAGCUUGUUCAGAAGAGGAGAUGCAGAUCUGCUUACGCAUUCCGGUACAUCUACAUUGCCAACGCACACCUCACCUGAGGCUGGUAGGAGACUUUGUAAGCUGUCCAUAAACGUGGUGUGGGCCAUGCAGUCUCUGCCAAAGGGAUGAGGCCAGGGUGCAGCUGGUGAUCUCCGCUGGUGACCUCCUGGUUCGGAGUCACUCGUGAGCAGUGCUUCGCAGGGCAUCGGCGGCAGCGCCGUUCCCUGGCUUAUCCGUAUGUAAAAGAUCCGCUCGCCUGUUUGCAGCCGGCAGACCCCAGUGCUUUUUUCUUCUUUUCCAGUCUAUUGCUGGAGCCUCUAGGCCACGCUGCCUCGCAUCAUGGAGUCAACUUUCCCUUUAGAAGCCAAGUGGUAGCUCGUGCGGAGUCUCACCAGGUUCCUUGCUGUUGUCUGACGUCAGGGCAUUGCUGAGCGGUAACAACCCGUUCUGAACUGGCCCGCUGCCACCUACUCGAGACACCGUCACCUUGCACAGUGGACAGUGCCACUGAGAAGGGAAAACCCACCAUCUACCACCUGCAGCCAUGGAAGGGGGUGUGCAGCUCCUCAACCGUGAUGGCCACAGCAUCUCCCACAACUCCAAGCGGCACUAUCACGAUGCCUUCGUGUGCAUGAACCGCAUGCGUCAGCGUGGGCUGCUCUGCGACAUUGUGCUCCAUGUGGGCACCAAGGAGAUCAAGGCCCACAAGGUGGUGCUGGCGUCGUGCAGCCCGUACUUCCACGCCAUGUUCACAAAUGAGAUGAGUGAGAGCCGCCAGACCCACGUGACGCUGCAUGACAUUGACCCACAGGCCCUGGAGCAGCUGGUGCAAUACGCUUACACGGCUGAGAUUGUGGUGGGCGAGGGGAACGUGCAGACACUUCUUCCUGCUGCCAGCCUGCUUCAGCUCAAUGGUGUGCGGGAUGCUUGUUGCAAGUUCCUACUCAGCCAGCUCGACCCAUCCAACUGCCUGGGGAUCCGGGGUUUUGCUGACACGCACUCCUGCAGUGACCUCCUCAAGUCUGCGCACAAGUACGUCCUCCAACACUUCGUGGAGGUGUCCAAGACAGAGGAGUUCAUGUUGCUGCCUCUUAAACAGGUGCUGGACCUCAUUUCUAGUGACAGCCUCAAUGUGCCAUCAGAGGAGGAGGUGUACCGGGCUGUGCUCAGCUGGGUCAAACAUGAUGUGGACAGCAGAAGACAGCAUGUCCCCAGGCUUAUGAAGUGCGUGCGGCUGCCCCUGCUGAGCCGCGACUUCCUCAUGAGCAAUGUGGAUACAGAGCUGCUGGUGCGACAUCACUCGGAGUGCAAGGACCUGCUGAUCGAAGCCCUCAAGUACCACCUCAUGCCAGAGCAGAGAGGGGUCCUUAGCAACAGCAGGACAAGGCCGCGGCGCUGCGAGGGGGCCAGCACCGUGCUCUUUGCUGUGGGUGGGGGGAGCCUGUUCGCCAUCCAUGGGGACUGCGAGGCCUAUGACACGCGGACGGACCGGUGGCACAUGGUGGCCUCCAUGUCGACUCGCAGGGCCAGAGUGGGCGUUGCCGCCAUUGGGAACAAGCUGUAUGCUGUGGGCGGCUACGAUGGCACCUCUGAUUUGGCCACAGUGGAGUCCUAUGAUCCUGUCACCAAUUCCUGGCAACCUGAGGUGUCCAUGGGCACCAGGAGGAGCUGCCUGGGCGUAGCAGCGCUUCAUGGGCUUCUCUAUGCUGCUGGGGGGUACGAUGGGGCCUCAUGCCUGAACAGCGCAGAGCGGUACGACCCUCUGACAGGCACCUGGACAUCCAUCGCUGCCAUGAGCACCAGGAGACGCUACGUCCGGGUGGCAACGCUAGAAGGCAACCUCUAUGCCGUUGGGGGAUACGACAGCUCAUCCCACUUAGCCACAGUAGAAAAGUAUGAGCCCCAGAUCAACACCUGGACGCCCAUUGCCAAUAUGCUAAGCCGCCGGAGCAGUGCGGGAGUGGCCGUGCUGGAAGGGAUGCUCUAUGUGGCUGGCGGCAAUGAUGGGACCAGCUGCCUUAACUCUGUUGAACGCUACAACCCCAAAACCAACACAUGGGAGAGCGUGGCACCUAUGAAUAUCCGUAGGAGCACCCACGACCUGGUGGCCAUGGAUGGGUGGCUGUACGCAGUGGGUGGCAACGAUGGGAGCUCCAGCCUCAACUCCAUCGAGAAGUACAACCCCCGUACCAACAAGUGGGUAGCAGCCUCGUGCAUGUUCACACGCCGGAGCAGCGUGGGGGUGGCUGUGCUGGAACUCCUCAACUUCCCACCCCCCUCCUCGCCCACCCUGUCGGUGUCUUCGACGAGCCUUUGACAAAGAAUCAAGACCUACCUUACCUCAAGGGGACAGGGGCGCCUGGCGCAGCGCUAGGCCAGCGUGGCCCGCCCCGCGGGGCAGCCGGUCGCUGUAGGAGGAGAGCGAAGGUACCGGCUGCUGCCUCCAGCCCCAGCACUCCUGUGAACCCCCGAGAGCCACCCCUGCUCUUGGUGCACACAUCGGAUCAGCACGACCACAGCAGUUAGAAAUGUGCUUCCUGGACGAGCACCCUCCUUCUAGAGGGCGAGGAGAGGGGGUGCUCUCUGCUCCGUUCAGACCCAUCCCACCACUCACCCAAAGGGCGUAUAUUUUCUUUGGGGAGGGGAAACUUUAAACCAUUGCUGCUUCUUGGAUUCACGUGAUCCAGCUGGUGCCACACAUACGAGCACAGCCAGCCUUGGAGGCUUCCAGGAGUCCUGUGGGGUGGCAGAGGUGGACAGCACUCCUCCCGAGGACACGGCUGAAUGUGCAACCGCUCCUCUGAAUGUCACUGUAGCCAAACUCUUUACCAAGCCUAUCGUGCACUGUUAAAGACUCUGAGGCCACUGUAUGGUUCUCAAUGGUGUCUAAUUGAUGCCUUAAAAUACACAAGCAGAAGAAGCCCAGCUAAGGGACAGGGCCUGGAGGAGGUGAGGUUUGGAGACAAGACUGGAUUCAGCAUCCUGAACCCUCCGGUGUUUCCAUGCUCGGCUGGCCCCACCUCAUUCACUAAGAUCCCAGCUGACUGUUGCUCUGGGGAGUCCCCAGCCAGGCAGAUGGGUUGAACGACCGUGUUUUGCGUCCAUGCCACUGCUGUCCCAGGUUCAGGUGACUCUGCGGCUGCCUGCUCUCUGCACGUGGUCCUGGGUCACAGUUUGGCUGGGAAUGGAUCGGCCUGUUUGCUGUUCCCCUCUCUGCAAAGCAGAUUCUGGGUUUGUGGAAAGGUAUCGGUUCUUAAAGAAGAACAGUCCAGCCUUCUAAAUGAGGAGGAUUGCCUGGCAUUACUUUUUUGGGUGUUAUUUUUUUGCCUUUUUUUAUUUGAAUGCUAAUAUUUUAAUUUUUAAUGACUUCAUAUCCCUUUAUUUUUUACACUGCCCUGGUAUUCCCCAUCCCAUCUGCUUUUAAGGCAGCAGAAGGGAUGCAAUUACUUUUCUCAUUUGUUGAUGAGAUGAUGACUGUCCUGGAAGACGUGUUCUCUACAGAUGUGUGGGUGUGUGUGCACGUGUGAAAUACCGUAUGUACAACGAAAACAGCAUGGAAGGGACCAUUUGCAAUUAGCAACUCCCUGGCAAUUAAGCAACCACUUUAAUUAACAAAAGGUUGAAUAAAUUAGUACUGUAAGUCAUAGGCCUGUCCUUGACCCGCCUGUGCCAUGGAACCUCUUGGGUGGUGUUUUCAAUGCAUAUGCUGUAGGGUGUGUUUGAGCCUUGAACCGAGACAUACUGUCAGGUGUUCUCCACAUUAUAGAGAAAUGAUUCAACCACUGGUACCUCAAUAGUGUUCAAAUGUAGCAUUGGAAAUAUGGUCUAACUGUUCGUUUUGAACUAAUUCCUUUAUCCUUUUUUUUUCCCUGCUCCUUCUCAAUUCUCACUUACAGAGUUCAGAUUUCACUUGUGAUGGUAUUUGUUGGCCUAAAUUUUCAAGUGGCUAGAGAUUUCUUCUUUUUUUCUUUGGGGUGAAAGGAGAGUUUGAGAUGAGAUAGGGACUCCCCAACUUAAGACAAUUUUUACGGCGAUCUGAUUUCUCCUGGACAGGUGCCUGCAUGUUUUACAAGCCCACUUACAGUGCCUAACGUUGGACACCUGAAAUUACCAGCAGCUUCUGAAAAUCUGGGCUGCUUCUCCCCCCAGCCUCUCCCCAAGGACAGUCUGGGCUUCGCAGGCUGAGGCAGCCUUUUUGGCUUUUAGAACAGACUCUAAAUCUGCUUUUCAUUCCCCUCUCGCUUGCCAAGCCUCUGCCCCAACCUGUCAUAACUCGGGAGCUCUCCCAUUCCUCUGUAUUGCAGAGGACCCUGCAAAUGUCCAGGCUUUGCUCGUGCAGGUUGCCUCUUGAUCAACAUGGCAGUAGGGCUGUCCUAAGUGGGUCACGUCAGUCUGCUUCGGUUGAAGUGAAGUCUGCUCUGUUGUGUGCGUGUGCGUGCGUGUGCCUAUGCAUGAGCGAGGUCUCAAUCCUUUUCUUCCCGUUCCUAUAAGCAACAUCAGGAUUUUAGUCUUCUGCUGGACUUGUAUCGACCAGCGUAUUCAAGGUGCCCUUGGCUCUAGGGUCCUUUUUGAAGGAGGGUCAGCCUAAAAGCCCCACGGCCAUGUCAGAAGUGAAAGGUGCUGGUGCUGAGGGAGAAACAGGGCUGGUUUCUAACAAGGAAUGAGUCAUUAUAGCCGUAGCUUGGCUUCUGGUCCUGCUGUAGCGGGAAGGGAUGCUGCCGCCUUAGUGGGGCGGCAGGCAGGCAAAACCAGAGGGGAAGCAGGAUUGUAGCAGGCUGAGGAGAAUUUUUGUGCCGCGUGCCCUUGGCCCUAGUUGUAAUCUUUAGCAAUUUAUACUACAAAUGGUGUGCAAUGCUGUCCUGCCUCUUGAGGAUCAGGGAAACAGGCAGUGUGACUCCUGUCGCCCACUGGUUGGGUCCUGAGCAAUAUCACCACUGAGCCUGUUCUGCAGAAACCUGGGGAGGAGGGAGCCUUUUGUGUCUCUGAUGUACUAACUAUGCAGGUGCUCACUGCUUUCCUGUAAAGGAGAAAGAAGGAAGGAAAGGGCAAAAUAGUUCCCCAGCAGCUUGCGGGGGUCCAGAGCACCCCGACCCACACUGUGUGGACACGAGGUGUCAGCAUCUGCCCUGGGAGAUCCCAGGGUGGAAUUGCUUCUGGUGCUGCACAUCCCUUGCUGAGCAGGAGGCCUCGGAGGGGAUGUGCGUCUGUGUCUGUCUGUCUGUGCAUAGUACCCUAUCUGAGGGGAGGAGAACUGUCAACUGUGUGUGGAUUCUCUGCCAGUUUUAGUUAGUGGUGUCUCGCCCAAAGUGUUAUUUGUGCGAUUUCCCAUGUGAGCUUUUCCCAGCGGAGGAGCAUCCCUGAGCGGGUGGCUCCGGGCUGUGCGUGUUGAUGUGUUUCGCCCAGGGACCCUGGUGUCAGUCUGCAGUCAGACGGCAAGGCUAGGCAGGAGCCCUUGCCCCGACGUGGGGGGAGAGGUUUGCUUGGCCUUACUGGUAGGCAGACUCGGUCUACUCCAUGUCAAACCGUUGUCACUUUGAUUUCUCUGUAAGUUCUCUGACUUAUUUAUGUGGAACUCUGUUUCUCUGAAUUUUUUGCACUACAUGGGAUUGGGGAAGGGAUACAAGCAAUAGAAGCCAACAUGUACAAUAAAGACGUUUUCUUGAAUACCGG